AUGGGGUGAGUGUUGCAUCCUCACUGGACUCGGGGCCUUUUGCGACUUCCCGAGGGCCCCGGAAAGGGUUGUCGUCAUCAGUGCAUCUCUGCGGUGAUUACGCCUACUGCGCGGUCUACGUGCACUGCCCUUGGCAUCCUACAUGUCACCAGAGACAACUUUCGAACCAGGCCGUCCUGCACGCACAUCUUGGGUGUGCAGCAGGCUUCAUCUUGCAUGACCAGCGCUCAGCCCCGCCUCGCCCCAUCCGCUGACCGACCACUCCGCACCCCACGCCCCUUCGCGCAGAGUUACCGUCGAGACCCUGCAAGCCGGAGAUGGGAAAAAUUUCCCCAAGAAGGGCGACACCGUGUCGAUGCACUACGUCGGCACCUUGCUGAACGGCAACAAGUUCGACUCGUCGCGCGACCGCGGACAACCGUUCCAGACCAAGAUCGGCGUCGGGCAGGUCAUCAAGGGUUGGGAUGAGGGCGUCCCCCAAUUGUCGUUGGGACAAAAGGCGGUGAGUAUUGGGAUAGUGUGGUGAUGGAGUUGGAGUGAGGGCAGAAAGCUGAUGCGGGCUCGUUCCCUGUGAUCCGAGGUCCGUAGAAGCUCACUUGCACCCCCGACUACGCUUACGGCUCGCGUGCCAUGGGUAACAUCAUCCCCGCCAACAGCACCCUUGUAAGUUCAUGCUCACCAAGUCUAAUAACCGUGAGGACGAUGACGCGCUUGUUGGAUUGACUGCCGCUGAUUUUCGCGGGGCUCAUUGAACCGAUGACGCACUCUUUCCCUGCGCUCAGAUCUUUGAGGUCGAGUUGCUCAAGAUCAAGUGAGUUCGACCAAGGGCCUAUGCAUCCGUUCACUUUGAUGAAGCUGACACGAUCUUUUGUUGCAAUCAUCGCAGCUAA